UGCGUCCACAGCCAUCCGGCAAGAUGGUCCCCUUGCUUUGUCUCCCCUGACCGGAGUUGUGUCGGUAUUCUGAGGCUAUUCUUUGCUUAUGCACCACCAUACGUCUGCGAAUUACCCUGAACUUUACCCCCGAACCAGAAACGAAACGUGUCUGUGUCAAGUCAAGAAAUGACGACGGUGAGAAGCAGGUAAAAUGAGUCUGGCCUCUUCUGAAUCACACAUUGACCAAAUGUCAGAAAAAGCAGAGGAGCCUGGAAGCUCAACAGAAACUAUGAAGCCCUCCUCUUCUCGCAACAAGAGGAAGCCCGCUACUGUAUGUAAGCACACUGGACUGAAAGAAUCGGACGCCUCAGCUGAGAGUGAAAAUGAAGGGGCCACUUCUGACAAUCCUUCAGACAAUAAUACAAGCAGCGCAUCUAAAGGCACUUUAGUGAUGAGGCCUGCUGGGAAUGAUAAUAAAGGCGCCAUGAAGCUCAGAAUAGAUUUCAAACCGAAACAUACAGAUGAUACCCUGCAGAAGAAGGUAAACUGCACUGCCUGUGGUAAACAAGUCAACCAGUUUCAGCGCAACUCUGUGUACGAGCAUCCUGCACUCAAAGUACUCAUUUGCAAGUCAUGCUACAAGUAUUACACAAGUGAUGACAUCAACAGGGACUCUGACGGAAUGGAUGAGCAGUGCAGAUGGUGUGCUGAAGGUGGCAAGCUCAUCUGCUGCGACUACUGCAACAAUGCCUUCUGCAAGAAGUGCAUCCUGCGAAAUCUGGGCAGGAAGGAGCUGUCUGUUAUAACCGAUGAGAACUCAAAGUGGCACUGCUAUGUCUGCAGGUCAGAGCCCCUCCAAGAUCUGAUCUCCAAAUGCCACAGCAUCAUGGAAAAGCAGGAACUCAAGGAACGAAAACCAGACAAAUGCGAGGAACGUGAUAGCAAGAGACACAAGAACAAAGCAGUCAAAGAGCACAAAGCCAUUGUCAAUGGGAAAGAACACACCGAAGGCUCAGGGACCAUGACCUUCUCCUACAAAAAAUUGCAAGUGCCCAAAGAACUUAUAAAGAAAGCAAAAAAGCUUGUUGAAACUACAACUGGUCUGAAUAAUACAUUCAUCCAGUUCAUCCAGCAGGAAGCUGAGGAGCAGGGAGAUAAGUCUAUCAGGUAUCGGCAUUUGAAAGCCUUCAGGGCCGUGCUUGCUGAUUUGAAAAAAGCCCACAGUGCUUUAGAGGCGGCUUUGGGACCUGAAUUCAAAAUCAUGGAGUUGCAGAAUGGUAAUGAAGGUCAACCUAUUGUGAGAACGAGCACUUGUGGUGUGGCCCCUGCAGAAAACGACCACAUGGAUAAUAUGGCUGAUGCAGUGGAGCAGUCUGACCACCUAGCAGCGAAGGAGGCUAAUAACCUAGCAGCGGAGGAAGCUGACGACCUAGCAGCGGAGGAGGCUGACGACCUAGCAGCGGAGGAGGCUGACGACCUAGCAGCGGAGGAGGCUGACGACCCAGCGGCAGAGGUGGAGGCCGACGACCCAGCGGCAGAGGUGGAGGCCGACGACCUAGCGGCAGAGGUGGAGGCCGACGACCUAGCGGCAGAGGUGGAGGCCGACGACCUAGCAGCAGAGGUGGAGGCCAAUGACCUAGCAGCAGAGGUGGAGGAGGCCGAUGUAGUGGCGGAAGAGGUCCAGGAAAUAGCAGUGGAGGAGGCCGGCGACGUAGCGGCUGAAGAGGUCCAGGAAAUAGCAGUGGAGGAGGCCGGCGACGUAGCGGCUGAUAACCUAGAAAUGGAUGAAGAUGAGGAGGCUGACCACGCAGCGGCUGAGGAGGAUGACCACGCAGCGGCGGAGGAGGCCGAUGUAGCGGCGGAGGUGGCUGAUAACCUAGAAAUGGAUGAAGAUGAGGAGGCUGACCAUGUAGCGGCGGAGGCAGACAUGGUGCAGCAUAACAAGCAGGAAGUGCUGGAUGAGACUAAAAUGAAAGACAACCAAACAGAAACUGAUGUAACCAAAAAGACAAUUAAAACUGAAGCAUGUGAAGAUGGGCUCGUGUCAGCUGGUGAAACGUCUCUAGAUCAGGACAUUAUGUCCGUGCCUCCUUCGGUUCCCGAAGAGCUCUUUCAGAUGGUGGAGAGUCUUGCAGAUUCCACCAUGCUCUCUCAGACUGAUGCCGAUUUGGCCACAGACCCUGUUAAAAAGUCAAAUGGAAACUCAACAGACUCUCAACCUCCCCAGCCCAAGGUGAAGAACCUCAUAGUCAAACUGACUCCUGUGCCAGUUGUGACGACACGCGGGUCAAGGUCCUCCUUGUCUAAAAACAGGGAAAAGGCUGGAGAGACACAAAAAAAGUGUGAAGGAGAACGUGAGAAGGAGAAAGGUGAUGUUGCUAAAGCAGCAGUAGACAGGACAGACAGCCCACCACCAAGCCGUCGCUCUAGUAGACUGAAGACCACUCCCUUGAGGAAGCAGGCUGAGAAUAAGGGCAAGGUAGAAUCCUCAGAGUCAGAAGACGAUAGUAAGAGCAAGGCCAAAUCCUCAAAGAAAUCCAGUAACAACAAAGAGAAAGUGAAGGAGACCAAGGAUUCAGAGAAGAAGACAAUGGAUUCUGACUCGGACGAAAUUCCUAACAUACUGCUGGAGAAAGCGGCAGAAGGCCACAGCACAGAUGAGGAACAGGAAAGCACAAGUGCUAAAAAGUGUUUAUUCAAACUAAAAAAUACAUCCACACAGGAUACAGACAAAGCAUCCAAACGCAAAAGGAAGUCUGAAAGCUCUGAUUCAGACUUGACCAUCAAAAGUAAAAAGACAUCCAAGAAGAAGAAGAAGAAGAAGCAGACUGGCUCAGACUCAACCAACUCUGACUCUGACCAGGAGAAGGAGGCUAAGAGUAAAGCGGCCACAGCGAAGAGGAGAUCUAGCCGUGUAAAGAAACAAGAUGAAGCCAAAGAAGAGGAAAAAAGCUCACCUGAGAGGAAGGCAGCCAAGCGCAAAAGGUCUUAUGAAGUUAAGCGCAAGGGAAGGAGCCCAAAAGCAACCUCAAAGCUGCAGUUGUCCUCCAGUGACGAGGAAGAGGAGGAGCUGGCUGAAGGUGAUUCCGGAGAAGACAGCGACGAGCAAAAGAUCAAGCCCAUUGUGGAGGAUAACGUGAUCGGAGGAAGUGGACCUUUCCAUCAAUCCUCGGGAGACGAAGAGGAUGAUAAAGAGAGAGCCCCCCAGGAUUGUGAAGAUGAUGAUGACGACGACGAUCCUGAAAACAGGAUUGCAAAGAAAAUGCUUCUCGCCCAAAUAAAAUCCAACUACUCUUCUGGAGCAGAGAGCUCCUCUGAUAAUGAAGGAGCAGAUACGGAUGAAAAGUCCUCCAAGAAAGUUAAAAAGGAGGAGGAGGAUGAUGAUUAUGAUAAUGAAGAAGAAGAUGAAGAGCAACAAGACGAAGAUUCAGAAGAUUCUAGUUCUGAAGUUGAAGUGAAGAAGCGUGGAGGACGCCACAAAUUGCUUCGUCAUAAACUCUCGCUGAGUGAGGGUGAAUCAGGAGACGAGAAAGCUUCCAGUAAAGAGAAGAAGAAGGGGGACAAGAAGAAGUCGGGGCAGAAAGUUCACAGCGAUGACUCUUCAGAUUCAGACUCAGACUCAGACUUUGAGAAGUCAGAGUCCAGUGAAGAAUCGGGGAUAAGCGAGGAGCUAAGUGAAUCAGAGAAUGAAGGGAAGCGUCGAAAGACCAGAUCAUCUAAGAAGAAGGAUGAAGCAAAACAGAGGAGUUACAAGCAGCAGCAGAAGAAGAAGCGACGCAGGAUCAAAGUUCAGGAUUCCUCUUCCAGCAAUGAGAAGAGUGGAAAGGAAGGGGAAGAUGAGGAUGACGAGGACCGAAAAGGACGCAAAAAGAUCCGCAAAAUCCUGAAGGACGACAAGCUGCGGACAGAGACGAGAGAUGCACUGAAAGAAGAGGAGGACAGGAGGAAACGUAUAGCUGAGCGAGAGGCACUCAGGGAGAAACUUCGAGAGGUGAUUGUGGUGAAGGAGUCUUCCCAGAUGGUCUGUCCCAUCACCACCAAACUGGUGCUGGAUGAGCAUGAAGAGACCAAGGAGCCGAUGGUGCAGGUGCACAGGAACCUUGUCACAAAACUCAAACCUCACCAGGUUGACGGGGUGCAGUUCAUGUGGGACUGUUGCUGUGAAUCUGUAAAGAAAAUCGAGAAGUCUUCUGGCUCAGGCUGCAUUCUCGCCCAUUGCAUGGGUCUGGGGAAAACUCUGCAGGUGGUGACGUUACUUCACACUUUGCUGCUUUGUGAGAAGCUCGAGUUCACCACAGCCCUGGUGGUUUGUCCCCUGAACACUGUCCUUAAUUGGCUCAACGAGUUUGAGAAGUGGCAAGUAGGACUGAAGGAUGACGAGAGUUUAGAGGUGAUUGAGCUGGCCACAGUAAAGAGGCCACAGGAGCGAGCAUAUGCCCUCCAGCGAUGGAGCGAUAUGGGUGGUGUAAUGAUCAUCGGCUACGAGAUGUACAGAAACUUGACGCAGGGAAGAAACAUCAAGAGCAAGAAGCUCAAAGAGAUCUUUCAGAAGUCACUGGUAGAUCCAGGUCCAGACUUGGUGAUCUGCGAUGAAGGUCACAUCUUGAAGAACGAGGCGUCUGCUGUCUCCAAAGCGAUGAACUCUAUCAGGACGAGGAGGAGGAUUGUGCUGACUGGAACGCCUCUGCAAAACAACCUUGUUGAAUACCACUGCAUGGUAAACUUCAUCAAGGAGAACCUGCUUGGGUCAGUUAAGGAGUUCAGGAACCGCUUCAUCAACCCCAUUCAGAAUGGCCAGUGUGCUGACUCCACACUACAAGAUGUCCGGAUCAUGAAGAAGAGGGCUCACAUCCUCUAUGAGAUGCUGGCUGGCUGUGUCCAGAGGAAAGAUUACACAGCGCUCACCAAGUUCCUGCCACCUAAACACGAGUAUGUGCUGUCAAUCAGAAUAACUCCGAUUCAGUGUAAACUCUACAGGUACUACCUGGAGCACUUCACAGGUGUGGGAAAUGCUGUGGAGGGGGGCCGGGGCCGCGCAGGGACCAAACUCUUCCAGGAUUUCCAGGUGCUCAGCAGAAUCUGGACCCAUCCCUGGUGCCUUCAGCUGGACUACAUCAGUAAAGAAAACAGGGGGUUCUUUGACGAGGACAGUAUGGACGAGUUCAUCGCUUCAGAAACCGAAGAAUCGUCCAUGAGUAUGACAUCUGAGGAUGAGAAGGCCAAAAAGAAAAAGAAGCAAGGGAAGGGAAAAAAGAGAGGAUCUGAUGACUCGGACAGUGAUGACGUGGAGGUCAUCAAGGAGUGGAACACCAGCUCUCGGGGCAAAAACGGAGAGAGUCGACCCAGACCAGAGCCUGUAGAAGAACCUCGGCCCGCUAACUCAGCACCAGGGAGUCCCACUCAUGACUGGCACAAGGAGUUUGUCGUUGACGCUGAUGCCGAGAUCCUGGAGCACUCUGGAAAGAUGAUGCUCCUGUUUGAGAUCCUGCGCAUGGCAGAGGAAGUGGACGAAAAAGUGUUGGUGUUCAGUCAGUCUCUCAUCUCUCUGGACCUGAUCGAGGAUUUCCUGGAGCUGGCUUGCAGAGCUAAAGAUGAUGACAAGGUCUCUCCAUACAAAGGGGAAGGCAAGUGGUUCAGGAACAUUGACUACUAUCGUCUUGAUGGCUCCACCAACGCCCUUACCAGGAAGAAGUGGGCUGAAGAGUUUAAUGACACCAGUAACAUAAGAGGUCGUUUGUUCCUAAUUUCAACGCGAGCCGGCUCUCUUGGUAUCAACCUGGUGGCAGCAAACAGGGUCAUCAUCUUUGACGCCUCCUGGAACCCGUCCUACGACGUCCAGAGUAUCUUUAGGGUCUACCGCUUUGGCCAGAUUAGGACCGUCUAUGUGUACAGGUUCCUGGCCCAGGGUACAAUGGAGGAGAAGAUUUAUGAUCGGCAGGUAACCAAACAGUCUCUGUCAUUCCGUGUGGUGGACCAGCAGCAGAUUGAGAGGCACUUUACAGGUGUAGAGCUGGCAGAGCUCUACACCUUUGCGCCGGAAAUGCUGGAUGAUCCCUCAGGGAAGAAGAGCAAGAAAGCCACACCCGUGCUCCCUAAGGAUCCCUUCCUGGCUGAGAUGUUGCAGAAUAAUAAGGACCAGAUUGUGUGUUACCAUGAACACGACUCCCUGCUGGACCACAAGGAAGAGGAAGCCCUGAGCGAAGAGGAUCGCAAGGCUGCCUGGGCCGAGUAUGAAGCAGAGAAAAAGGGUGUGUUCAUGAGGAACAACUACCAGUCAUACCCCCAGAUGGACAUGGGCAACUCCAACUACUUCUCCUUCAACAUGGCGGCUUUGGCCUCAAUGACCAACCAGCAGCUGGAGGAUCUUAUAAACCAGGGACGACAGAAAGUCAUUGAAGCAACAAAUGCACUGAAGAGUCUAGCACGGGAAUCACUGGAAGAUACAAUCGCCAGACUGUGGAAGGAGAACCCAGCACUCACAGAGAGUCAGGUCCAGUCCAUGGCUCUGGGGCAACAGGCCAGUGUGGAGAUGGAGAUUAAGCGCAGGGAGAACGUGUACAGGGACGUCCUCACCAGGCAGCAGACGCUGAUGAUGUACGUGCAGAAGCUGAUCACCAACAGGAAGGUGCAGGAGCAGCAGCUGGCCAUGGCCAACCAGGCCAACUACCUGAACCAGAUGGCCAUGCAGAACGGCAUGAUGGGAGCUGGCGGCCUCAGUCAGAUGGACCUGGUGGGGCUUUACCAGCAGCUCCACGGUCUGGGCUCCCAUCAAGGCAUGGGCAAGAACCCUGGGCCCUCCAAGGGCCUGUAGGUCAGAGGGACUCUUCCUCAACCCCCCACCCCCACCCCCCACUCUCAGCUAGCUGGCUCCCAGUGGGCCAGUCCAAGCGAGGCCCAGUUCUCUGUGACAAACGCACUGUGACACCACCGCUCGGAGCUCGAAGCAAUCUGGUGCCUCAAGCGGAGGGUGGAGUCGUUUUUGAGACUAGGCUGCUGUCCACUGGGGCCUCAAGUGGGAUAGACUCUCAGUUCUUUAUUCUGUAGUUCACUGAGAGAAGGUGGAAUAUAGUGUAUAAAUGACUGUGUGAAAGUGGUCAAUUAGGCAUUUCAACAGAAAAGAAAAAAAAAAUGUAUAUACAGCCUUAAUGUUAUUCAAGUUCUAUAUCUUCAUUUUUCAUGUAUUUAAAGACAAACUAAUUUUACCCCCAAUGCUUUUAAGCAUUGUAUUGUUUUUUUUCUCUUAAAAGAGGGAGUCCUUAUGAUUUAAAUUCAGUUUUUUAUACGGUUUUAAAUGCCUAAGUAAACCUGAGUGGGACCAGUGUCAUUGGUGACGGGACUCUCUGAUGUAAAGCUCUACACGAUUAUUAGCCCAAGUAGAUUCCUUCAUCAAUAUCUCCCAAAGCAGACAGCUGAUGGUGCCGCUAAGUCCUGCUCUUUUUUGGGGGGGAUAGAAGAAAUUGAUAAGUUAACAAAAACAGAAAAAAAAAUAUGGCCUUAUAUUCAUUUCCUAAAAAAAAAAAAAAAAAAAAAGCUCUGUAAAGAUUUGAGAUUUGUUGAGAAUCUUUUCUAUUAUGCUUUUAAGUGUUUACAUUAGUUGUCACUUAACAUGGUAAUGGAAUGCUUGUGUUGUUCAAAACUGCCUGCCCGGUUCCUAUGACCUUUUUUUGUAACAUCAUUCUCAUUGUCACGUGUUGUCUAGCAUAGCACUGUGCGUCCUGUUCAUUGUUUAUGUUCCACUCGUGUUGAUCCCAAGUUUGGGUGAGUGACUGGUUCUCACAAAGCACAAACAAUUUCAGCCAGAUAUCACAGGGCCCAAAACUUUUCCCUUUACAUUGUCGGCCAAAGUUGGAAUAAUGUGUUGACGGUGGAUUUGAUGGAGUAAAGAAGGAAAUCUUAUUAUAUAUCUGGUUGAUCUGUGUCCUCUGCUUUGUGAGAAAUGUCUCCUGGACACUAGUCUCAGCAGACAUGCCCCCAGACUAUCUGUAUUCUACUUUGGCACAUUUUUUUGCUUCUAAAUGCUUAAACUGGUGUAGCUGUUAAUCAAGAGGAAUAUGUACAUUUCUCACAAAGAGAUGUUGUCUCUAGUUGGCUCCUGUGUUUGCACAAGGUGUAUUUCAUAAAUGUAAAGAAACCUUUUUGCCCUCCUCUAAGAAUGUUUUUUUUUUUUUGUGUUAGCAAAUACACCAACAUGAUUUGCCAUGAAUCUGAUCUGCUAUUAUCUUGAUAAGUAUUUAAUAUAACAUUUAAUAAAGUGACCAAAAGGAU